GCGCCGCGCGGCCAUUGGGCGGGGGUGGUGCCCGUCCCGCGGCGGCGGCGGCGCGCGAGGGAAGAUGUCGGGCGGCGACGCGAAGAAGCUGGUGCGCUCCCCCAGCGGGCUCCGCAUGGUGCCCGAGCACCGCGCCGCCCGCAGCCCCUUCGGCCUCGACGAGCCGCCCUGGGUGCCCGACAAGGAGUGCCCAAGAUGUAUGCAGUGUGAUACAAAAUUUGACUUCAUAACUAGAAAGCAUCACUGCCGAAGGUGUGGGAAGUGUUUCUGUGACAAGUGCUGCAGUAAAAAAGUGCCUCUGCCUCGCAUGUGCUUUGUGGACCCCGUGCGCCAGUGUGCGGAGUGUGCCCUGGUCUCGCAGAAAGAGACAGAGUUCUACGACAAACAACUCAAAGUGCUCAUGAAUGGUGCUACAUUCUUUGUAACUCUGGGAACAUCUGAUAAAUCUGAGCUCAUGGUUUGUAGACUUUCCAACAACCAGAGAUACCUGGUUUUGGAUGGGGACAGCCAUUAUGAAAUUGAAAUUGUACAGAUUUCAACUGUUCAGAUACUUACAGAGGGAUUUACUCCUGGAGAAAAAGAUAUUCACACUUACACCAGCCUUCUGGAGAGCCCGCCUGUUACUGAAGGAGAACUAAGGCACUCAAGGCCUUCUUUAGACCAAGUUGUCCGUGCUGGGAGAAGGGAAGAUGAGAAAUGAUACCUGCAGUAGUACACAGUGUUACAGACCACCUGCUUCAGCAGAUUGCUGAAUUGGGUAUACUAGAAAUGAAUAUACUCCCUGUGUGCAAUCUAGAAAGGCUUUGCACUGAAACUGUUAAUCAAUGGGUUGCUUUUACACAAUUUUAAAAAAAAGGCCUCUUUGCUAUGCAAGGUGUGUUCUGUUUUAGUAAUGUUAGACAUGGGAAAACUGGUCAAGGCUGUAGGUGUGUGAUUUCCACUGGUUUAUCUUUCAGUAGACCUUUUAUCCAUUAUUCUGACCAGUAGGUGCAAAGAAGCAAUUGAAGUUGAAUUUCCAUUUAUCCUAGGAGAGUAGAAAACAGCUCUUUUAUAAACUUUGCUGUGGGCUUCUGAUUGGGUUAGGUGCAUUAACAGCACUAACUAGAUUGAGUUUGGCUUAGAUUGUGAUUUGUUUUGGCUCCUCAGAUAUUGUAGUAACAGUCUCCAGGAGCCCUCUCAUGCAGACACUUCAAAAAAGAGCUUUGUAAAAAGUGUCCUGUGUGUGCUGGUGCUGUUCCUGGGGCUUAGUUUAUGGUCCACUGCUGCAGGAAGUAAUGACAGUAAUGUGUCAUCUGAAAAGUUCUUGUUUAAUGUCUGUAUUUUUGCUUUGGUUUAUCUUCAUCUCUGCAGCUUCAGUAAGAGAGAUACAAACACCUUGCUUAUUGUGCUGUUGUCAGAGCAGUAGUCUUUGGUAGCCAUUUCCUUCAGGAAGUAAAUGAUGUUGCCAGCUGUUCUGUAGCCUUAUGUUAGUGUCAUUCCCAACUUUUGUCAGGCUUGGAGGGACUGCUGCCUGCUGUGCCAGACUGUAACCAGCAGGACCCUGCUUUGCCAUCAGUCUAAUUGGACCCUAAGCCCACAGACUGCAGGCCACCAUAUGAAAUGUGCUAUCAGUCUCUCAACCUGGUGAUAGUAAAUCAUGAGGGUGUUCCAGGUGUGUGGCUUUACCUGAUGGCUGAUGCAGGUUCUGCCUUGGUGCUUGGCAGAGAGAAUGAAACAAUAUGAGGUUGCAGGUUCCACUGCCUGGCACUAUGAGCCAUGGUCACGGGCUCCUCGGAUCCAGCAGCUGCUUGUGCUCUGAACUGAGCAAUGAGCACGUUUCUCCAAACAUGCUCGUGAGCUGGAAAACGUUGUGUUAGUUGGUAAAACCUGCUGCUGUUCCAGAUGCUACUUCUC